AUGGAAAUAAUUGCACAAAAAUUGGAAAUAACUUCUGCAGAAGUUGGAAGAAAGUUACACAAUCUUCGGUGCCAAAUGAAUAGUGAACUACGAAAAAUAAAAAAUAAAAAGAGUGGAGCAGGUGCAGAUGAGAUCGUGAAAAGCUCUUGGGAGUUUUUCGAUUCACUGAAAUUCAUGACUGGUAUUUCUGAAUGUGUGAAGACUGUGGGUACAGUACCUAAUGCAUUGGUAAGUUACUUGGAAAUGUAG